AUGGCCCCACAGCUCCUGCUGGUAGCAGCAGUAGACUGGUACCUCACUACCAGUCACCGUGACUGUAAGAAAACCAUUCACUUGAAUCUUGCGAAUAUUGUCGCGUCAUCGUUACUGACUCGUGUUUGGAACCACCUCCAUCCUGCCUCCACCUGGCCACCUCCAUCCUGCCCCCACCUGGCCAUCCAUCCUGCCUCCACCUGGCCACCUCCAUCCUGCCCCCACCUGGCCAUCCAUCCUGCCUCCACCUGGCCACCUCCAUCCUGCCUCCACCUGACCACCUCCAUCCUGACCCCUCCUGGCCACCUCCAUCCUGCCCCCACCUGGCCACCUCCAUCCUGCCCCCACCUGGCCACCUCCAUCCUGCCCCCACCUGGCCACCUCCAUCCUGCCCCCACCUGGCCACCUCCAUCCUGCCCCCACCUGGCCACAUCCCUCCCGCCCCCACCUGGCCACCUCCAUCCUGCCCCCACCUGGCCACCUCCAUCCUGCCCCCACCUGGCCACAUCCCUCCCGCCCCCACCUGGCCACCUCCAUCCUGCCCCCACCUGGCCACCUCCAUCCUGCCCCCACCUGGCCACAUCCCUCCCGCCCCCACCUGGCCACCUCCAUCCUGCCCCCACCUGGCCACAUCCCUCCCGCCCCCACCUGGCCACCUCCAUCCUGCCCCCACCUGGCCACCUCCAUCCUGCCCCCACCUGGCCACAUCCCUCCCGCCCCCACCUGGCCACCUCCAUCCUGCCCCCACCUGGCCACCUCCAUCCUGCCCCCACCUGGCCACAUCCCUCCCGCCCCCACCUGGCCACCUCCAUCCUGCCCCCACCUGGCCACCUCCAUCCUGCCCCCACCUGGCCACCUCCAUCCUGCCCCCACCUGGCCACAUCCCUCCCGCCCCCACCUGGCCACCUCCAUCCUGCCCCCACCUGGCCACCUCCAUCCUGCCCCCACCUGGCCACAUCCAUCCUGCCCCCACCUGGCCACCUCCAUCCUGCCCCCACCUGGCCACCUCCAUCCUGCCCCCACCUGGCCACAUCCCUCCCGCCCCCACCUGGCCACCUCCAUCCUGCCCCCACCUGGCCACAUCCCUCCCGCCCCCACCUGGCCACCUCCAUCCUGCCCCCACCUGGCCACCUCCAUCCUGCCCCCACCUGGCCACCUCCAUCCUGCCCUCACCUGGCCACCUCCAUCCUGCCCCCACCUGGCCACAUCCCUCCCGCCCCCACCUGGCCACCUCCAUCCUGCCCCCACCUGGCCACCUCCAUCCUGCCCCCACCUGGCCACAUCCCUCCCGCCCCCACCUAUGAGAGUGCAAGCCCUCAGUGA